AGGGAGGGCAGGGCUGGGCGGGCCGGUGCGUGGGGGCGGGAUUGGCUGCCGGCUCCGGGGCUGUCUCCAGGCUGGCUGCUCUGGGGCGCACUUUCCGUCCCGACCUCGGCGGCGUCUCAGAGGACACGCUGGACAUGACGCCCCCCUGGGUCCCCGCGGUCGGCUUCACCCUGUUCCCGAGCGUCGGCGGCAUCCUGGGCUCCCGGAUCACCAGCCGCGAGGUGCCCACGUGGUACGCGACUCUGCAGAAGCCGUCGUGGCAUCCGCCCUACUGGGCGCUGGCUCCGGUCUGGGGGACGCUGUACACGGCUAUGGGGUACGGCUCCUACCUGGUUUGGAAGGAGCUGGGGGGCUUCACAGAGCAGGCCCUGGUGCCCCUGGGCCUCUAUGCGGGGCAGCUGGCUCUCAACUGGGCCUGGCCUCCCUUAUUCUUCGGUGCUCACCAAAUGGGCUGGGGCCUGGUGGAGAUCGUCUUGACCAGUGGGGCUGCAGUGGCCACCACCCUGUCCUGGUACCCCGUGAGCCCGACGGCCUCCCGCCUCAUGUACCCUUACCUGGCCUGGAUGGCGAUGGCCACCACCCUGAAUUACUGCGUCUGGCGGGAUAACAAGGGCAAGCGUCGCCGUGAUUCUGAAUAAAGGAGCGCCGAGUUCCUGGGUCUGAGAUGGGCCUUGGUAAGGCUCCCACUUAGGGGGCCAGCUUGGCGAAGAACACGUCCUCUCUGCAGGCAGGGGCCCCUCAAAAGGUGGCCUCCCAUCCAAACAUUCUCUACUGGUGUCUUAGGAUCCAAUGGAAAGAUUGGGCCAUGCCUAGUUCCAGCGUUCUAAACGACCUGGGACGCCACCAAGCCACAUUGGGGCCGCCAUUUUGGUUUUGCUGUAGUGACUCACCAGCCCCCACUCUUAUGUGCAAAAUAAAGUUCUAAACAGUG